AGGUGACCCGCUUGGUGAGAAGAGACGAGGGCUGCCUCUCUGAUCCCUGCCAUGGCGUCCUCCGUGUUUUGCCGCCAACUGUCGCUCUCCCUCCACAAAAACCUGUGCCUCAGUCUCUCAGGAUGCCGAUACGCAAGCAAAGCGGCACCUAAAGCCCAGGUGGAGUUAGAUUACGAUGGACCCUCCAUGAAAACUGAAGUCCCUGGGCCACGAUCACAGGAGCUGACAAAACAACUGGGGGAAAUUCAGAACGUUGGCGCUGUCAACUUCUUCUGCAACUACGAGGAGAGCCGGGGCAACUACCUGGUGGAUGUGGACGGGAACCGCAUGCUGGACAUCUACACUCAGAUCUCCUCCAUUCCCAUUGGCUACAACCACCCUGCUCUCAUCAAACUAAUGUCCAAUCCCAACAAUCUGAGUGCGUUUGUGAACCGACCUGCACUUGGAAUCUUGCCACCUGAGAAUUUCCCGGACAAACUCACCGAAAGUCUUCUCUCGGUGGCUCCCAGUGGAAUGAGUCGUGUCCAGACCAUGGCCUGUGGCUCGUGCUCCAACGAGAAUGCGUACAAGGCCAUGUUCAUCUGGUACAGGAAUAAAGAGCGAGGCCACAACUAUCCAUCUGAUGAGGACCUCAGCUCUUGCAUGAUCAACCAGGGUCCAGGAUGUCCGGAGUUCAGUAUUUUAUCUUUUAUGGGAGGCUUCCAUGGCAGAACUAUGGGUUGUUUGGCAACCACACACUCUAAAGCGAUCCAUAAGCUGGACGUGCCCUCGUUUGAUUGGCCCAUCGCACCAUUCCCCAGACUGCAGUACCCACUGGAGGAGUUUGCCAGGGAGAACGCACAGGAAGAGGCUCGCUGUUUGGAAGAGGUGGAGGAUCUGAUUGUGAAGUGGAGGCAGAAGGGAAAGCCUGUGGCUGGGAUCGUGAUUGAGCCCAUCCAAGCUGAAGGAGGAGAUAACCACGCCACCGCGGAUUUCUUCAAGAGUCUCCGCAACAUCGCACGCAAGCAUGGCUGUGCUUUCCAUGUGGACGAAGUCCAAACCGGAGGAGGGGCCACGGGAAAGUUCUGGGCCCACGAGCACUGGGGUGUGGACGACCCCGCUGACAUCGUGUCCUUCAGCAAGAAGCUUCUGACCGGCGGCUACUACCACAAACUGGAAUUACAGGCCGAUAAGCCCUACCGCAUCUUCAACACAUGGAUGGGUGACCCAUCAAAGAACUUGUUCCUGGCCGAGGUCCUCAACGUGAUUCGCAGAGAAAACCUCCUGGAGGAAGUCACUCGUUCGGGAAAAGCUCUGCUAAAUGGGCUGUAUGAAUUACAGGCUCAGUACCCUGGCCUUCUGAGCCGAGCCCGAGGACAAGGAACCUUCUGUGCCGUUGAUAUCCGUGAUGAUGCAACACGCAACAACAUCCUUCUGAAGGCACGGAACAAGGGUAUGUAACGCACGACUCCUCAU